CUUGCGAUACUCGCGAUUCAAUCAAACACAACCGAAAUCAUGGCUGCAGAAAAGAUUUCGCUAUACAAUCUCGCCGAUCUCAAGAACACGGCCGACGAUGCGAUUCCCAACUACCUCAACUCUCUAAAAUUCAAGCAGACACAUUUCCUGAGCGACGUGCGGCUGGGACUGGGAUACACUGCGUUCGUCAUCUGCGCGGCAUGUUUCGCAUGGGACUACAAGCUGGGCUUUGAGGACACCAAGAUCUACACAGCCAUCGCGGUGGGCCUCUACACGCUUCUAAACGGUGCUCUGACAUUCUGGAUGAUGUUUGUGGAAAAGGGCGUGGUAUACCAGGGGACCACGCCGUCUGGAGAAAAGAUCACAGUAGUCAGCACAACAAAGAAGCUGGAUCCCACGUAUAGACUCUCCAUUACCAUCACAGACAAAUCCGCCAAGUCACGCAUCAUCGAGGUGGCCAAGCCAUUCGCCUCCUUCUUCGACGAGAGCGGCUACUUUGUGGCCGUGCCAUUCCAGCAGAUCCUGGCCACAUCAGUCCCCGUGAUCGGCAAGCUGGACCCCAGACGCAUCAAGUCAGAAUCCCAGGACAUGCUGAAUGCGAACCCUGAACUGUUGGAUGCGAUUCUGGCGGCGAACAACGGCGCAGCUACGGGAGUAGACGCAUCAGAAGGAGGGAGGCAACGAAAGGCGUAAGAGAGAGACAAUCUGGAAAAGGGUAACGGCCAGAGAAUGACUGGGUGUAUUUCAAGAAUUAAAAGAGGAGCUAGCGAAUAUCUCAUUAUAAAGCUUGAUGCUUUUUUCAUUCUAGGGCAAGAAUGUGACUUGCGUUGGGAAGAUGCCAUCUGCCCUGUAAGCACCGUAGUUUGCUCUAUAAGCCAAGCUUGUCCACGAGAGUACAGGACCAAGUAAGCAAAGCAGUGGACGUGAUAUGAGCUUCAGGUAUAUC